AUGGCAAACUCAGUCGAUGACCUCAGCUUGCUUAUGGAGACGGCUCUCGCACAACGCCCUUGGGAGUACGACGCAUCCGCAGUGGGCACGCCGUGGAGAACUCUGGACGAUGACAAGGCUCUUACCAUCGGCGUCCUUCCAGAAGAUCCCGAAUACCCAUUACAACCUCCCGUUCGCCGUGCCCUCGGCGAAGCAGUCUUAGCGCUUGUGGCUGCGGGGCACGAUGUUUUCCGCCUGCCAUCGGACCCUUCCCGUGAUGCCGGUCUGGGGAGCAAGCUGGGUUUUCUCUUUUUUAGCAUGAACUCAUCAGGUCUGGAUGCCCUGGAAAACGAGAUUGGCGAACCACUCGUAACUUCCGUCAAGAGAAACACGAAUCCAUUCACGGAUUCAAAGCCAUCAAAGCCCCCGGUCUCACCAGAACUGGACAAAGCACAUCAGUUGGGUGAGUUCCUCGGCCUUCGUGCUAGCUACGCCAAUAGCUGGCGAAAGAUUUGGCGAGAACAUGAUCUCGAUGUUGUCGUUGGCCCUGGAGCUAUCAGCACCGCUGUACCCCACGAUACCUACGGCGUACCUGUCUACACCUUGAUGUGGAACGUACUAGAUUACCCCGCAGGGGUUAUACCGUAUGGUAUCGCUUCAAUGGCUAAAGAUCCUCAGUACCAGAAGGCAACUACGCCAUUUGAUGCCGAUUGUGAGUGA